CUUCAAGUCCCUCGAAGUGAGCCGAGUUUAAAUCUACAAGUAACAGCUGUGUUUUUUAACUCGAAUUACCUGGGUCUCACCGUACAUAUCCGCUGGGCGUUGCCAUUUUAGAUCCCUCCUUCAGAUACAAAUACUGAUAGUAUUAUAGAAGUGACUUCAAUCUUUAAAAAGCAACGCGCUGUGAGGAAAGCGUGGCGUGUCUGUCAUUUUAGCCUUUUUUUUUCUUCCCAUUUCGCCGGGAGGCUUAUUAUGAAUUAAAAAGUUAUAGAAAGCUCAGGGUAAUGUAGUUCCAAAGUUUAAGCUGUGUAAAUUGAACUACAAAUGCUUAAUUUUCUGCAACGAGUUGGAUGGACCUAAGCAGUAGUGGAAAAGCCGAGAAGUCAGAAUGACUUGUUUGUAGUUAAAUCAACUUGGUGCGAACUUGCCAAGAGGUUUUCACUGGAGAGAAAAAGGAUACGGCAAUCGCUUCGGCGGUGUUCCUGAAAGGCCAAUAAAAUGAUGUUCUUUUUUCCAGUCAAAAAAUUAAGAAGAAAUGUGAAAUAUGUUGUGUUUGUUGCGGUGUUAAUGUUUGGAGCUCUUACUGCUUACCUGCAGUUUGUUGCGUCCAAUACAUGGAGCCCCACUCCCCACUAUAGUCCCUGGAAUGACCUGAGCACUAAAGAGAGGAGUGAUUCUGAGAGAGAGUAUAAGGGCCAAGCAAAUUUGCACAUUUUUGAAGAUUGGUGUGGCAGCUCUGUUGACCAACUGAGAAAGAACCUGCACUACCCUUUAUUUGCUCACACACGAACUACAGUGAAGAAGUUGGCUGUGUCCCCUAGGUGGACAAACUAUGGUCUCAGGAUAUUUGGCUACCUUCACCCUUACAUUGAUGGUGAGUACCAGUUUGCAGUGGCCUCAGACGAUAAUUCUGAAUUCUGGCUGAGCUCGGAUGACCAACCAUUAAAUCUAAGUCUCUUAGCUUUCGUGGGAAAGACUGGCAAAGAAUGGACUGCCCCAGGGGAAUAUGAGAAGUAUACCAGUCAGAUUUCUCGCCCAGUGCAGCUGAAAACAAUGAAAAAGUACUACUUUGAAGUUAUACACAAACAGAAUGACCAUGGCACAGACCAUGUGGAAGUAGCUUGGCGACUCAGUAACUCUGGCUUAAAGUUUACAGUCAUCAAUUCAAACUAUAUUUCUCUCUACAAAAAUGAGUCUUCUCUGAAGAUGAGCGAGGUGAGUCACGUCCCCCAGUCAACGGCAAGUCAUGUGCGGUCCUACAGUGAGAUGCAGCAAACCACCAGUCACGGUGCAGAGAUGCUCAGAGAAGACCCCCGAGAUACGUUCUUUCAAGUUCCUAUGAUAGACAGUUCCUAUCUGCGCCGUGUUCUACCAGACUGCACUUAUAAACCCACCUACAACAUCAAAGGUUUCCCACUGCUGCGGUAUCAGGGUUUACAGUUUGUGCGUAUGUCCUACGUUUACCCCAACGACUACACAAGACUGACACAUAUGGAAACUGAGAAUAAAUGCUUCUACCAUGAGAACCCAUACUACCUAGAGAAGUUUGGCUUUUUCAAGUACAUGAAGAUGGAUGCACUAGAAAAACGGGGCUUUGGAGAAGGCCAUCUUGCAUACUGGAAAAAACGUGAGAGACCGGAAUCUAUCUCAGCAAGCGAUGGACACAAGUCAGGAUACACCCCAGAUGGGAUGCCAGUCCAUCUCAGGGCAUACACAGACAUGCACACACUCACAACAGAUUUUGACUUUGAAGAAAGGUUUAAAGAUCAUAUGAAAUCUGAGGGUGAUGACAAGAUAUUCCAGUACGAAGACGAGCAAAAUCCAGAACCAAAUCCUGUAAAGCAGAUCACAGCAAAAGAAAAGCCUAUGCAAGACUAUGGCGAUGACUAUGAUGACUAUAACUUCAGACGGAGACAGAAGCUCUUUUCUUUACCUCCUAGCACCAAGGUCCAAGUGGAUCAGCAACUGAGACGGAGAAAGAGACGAAUUGAAAAUGAUGUACAAAAUCCUGUGGAUGUGGUUGAGCAGAAAGGUGCAGGCAAGAGAAAAGUUCGUGUAGUGAAAACAAAAAAGAUUAAAAAACUUAAGAAAACCACACAGAGUUUUAAAGCGGGGUCAAAGUAUUCAGAAAGUACCCCGGUCCCUUUUCAAGAAAAGAAAAUACCUAGGAAAAUGGAAUUGGAAAAGGUAAAGCAAAAAGUACCCAUCAGAAGGUCUGUCACAAAUGAGAGUCAGCCUGCGUUUCAUCUGAGUCCAAACUCCAGGAACCUGGUUCUGCCAAAGUCUGACUAUGUUAAAAAAACAAUGAUUGAUUUUCAUGUGUCAAAGAAUGCCUCACUGCCUACAAGCAUACAAGAUCCACCACGUACAUAUAACAUGUCUAGAAAGGGUAACAGGAGUUCUCGGACAGAAAAAAAGAUAUUGUCCGCUGACCUAAAGAAAACUGGGACAACUCGCAAGAAAACCCAUUUGUUGGUUUUGACAGGGGAGAAAGAGGGAAUGCAGGAAGCUCAGGUUGGUCUGGAAACUAAGCCAAGAAGAGAUGAAGAGGAGAACCAGGUGACUGGUAACAUACAGUUACCAUAUAUAUCAAGAGUUCAGAGGAGAGCUGAGGAUAAGAGCCCAUUGGAUGUGCCUGAUGAUGAGCUGGCCAACAACAGGGUGUGGAUGCAGCCUGAGGUCGACUCCAAUAUGGAAGAAGAUGGCAUGAAGGAAGAAUUUGCCACUGUGGAUUUUUAUGACCAGGACGUAAAUUGGGACCAAACAUUUGACGUGAAUCACUUGGACUUCCAUGCCCUGCGCUCGGACUGGAUCGACCUGCACUGCAAUGUGUCUGGGAAUUUGCUGCUCAGGGAGUUGGAUGCGCUGCCUGUGGUGGAAGCCUACAUGAGGAAGCUGAAUGAACGAAACAAUGGAGUGUUCUCCCUGGAGCGAGUGGUCAAUGUGGAGAAGCAUCUGGACGGGUGGCAGGGGAGCCGGUACCUCCUGGAGCUGGAGCUGCUGGAGAGUGGGAAGCGCAGGGUGAGGCUCGCACAGUACGUCUACGUGCUGAACCAACGCGGCCGCAACCGGAGCCUCCGCGUGCCGGCCGGGAAGGAGCCCCCGCUUCGCCCUGGGCGCUCCCACAGCUCAGAGGAGCUGCUGCUGUGCAACCCGCUGGGGUUUUCCUGGAGAGAGAGCGCCACCGUCCACUUCAUCGUGCCAGUGAAAAACCAAGCGCGGUGGGUCCGACAGUUCAUAGUGGACAUGGAGGAGCUGUACAGGGUCACUGGGGAUAAAAACUUCAACGUCAUCAUCAUAGACUACAGCAGCACAGACAUGGAUGUGGAGCAAGCUCUGAGGACAUCAGCGUUACACAGGUACCAAUACGUCCAGCUGACGGGGAACUUUGAGCGCUCUGCCGGCCUGCAGGCUGGGAUCAACCUCAUUACGGAUGACCACAGCAUUGUGUUCCUGUGUGACCUGCACAUCCACUUCCCUGCGUCCAUCAUUGACAGUGUUCGGAAGCACUGCGUAGAAGGCAAAAUGGCCUUUGCUCCCAUAGUCAUGAGAUUAAACUGUGGGGCAACACCACAAGAACCAGAUGGCUUUUGGGAGGUAAAUGGCUUUGGACUGCUGGGAAUUUACAAGUCUGACUUGGAUGCUGCUGGUGGGAUGAACACCCUGGAAUUUCGGGACCGCUGGGGCGGAGAAGAUUGGGAGCUGCUGGACAGGAUUUUACAAGCUGGACUUGAAGUUGAACGCAUAUACCUCAGGAAUUUCUUACACCACUAUCACUCCAAGCGUGGAAUGUGGAACAGACGGCUCUUCAGGUCCACGUAGCGACGCCACUGAGGUGCCCUUGGCUUGUCUGGCUCAGGCACUUUAAUUCUACUGGCUUUCUCUGGAAUGCUGUCACUCCAGUAGUGAGAGGUGGGGUCAGAAUGGAGGAACUCCUGGCCAAGUGUGUCAGGAUCAGCCCAAGGUUACUUGCUCUUGGUCUUUGAGGUUUUCUUUCCAGGAUGUCAGGAGAUUAAUUUAUGAGACAGUAGUACAUGAACAGGACUUGGAUGUUUGGGGGAAAUUAUAUUUAAUAUAUUCCAAAAAAAGAAUAUAUUAUUACAGUAUGUGACACUACUGAAAAUAAACAAAUGAUUUUUAUGUGAAUGUUUUGAUAUUUGAAGAACUUUAUUUUGCCUUUAUAAGGGGGGGAGGCAAAGGUAUUUUUUUAUAACAUUUUGUCUGGUUUGAGCGAACAAUUGUGACUUUUUAGUCAUUAAAAUUAAAUUCUAUUUAAGAUGGGCUGUUGAUGUUGAUGUGUAUUCUAUAUAAAGAAGAAAAAUGAAAGAA